AUGGUCUACCAGCACCAUCAUGUGUGCAGAGCCACCACCGGCGUCUGGAUCGUCCGCAAGAACGUGUCCACGAACAUCACCCCGUGCAGCAAGAGGACCGAGGAGGGUUCCGCGAUCACUCUCUUCGCGCCGACUGAGUGCGUCAAGAGACAAACUAUCAUGGUCUCGUACCAGCCCGACUGCGUGGGCGCCAACAUGACCAUGACCGCGUCGACAAUGCACAAGGACCACCAGGACGGCGUCAAGGAGGCGAUUUUGAAGAUGGCGUUCAACAUCAACUUGACGGUCUACCUGGCCAUCCCCGGGGACGAUAACAAGGUGCCAUGGCUGAGGUUGGACCUGAUCAACGGCGAGCGUACACAGACCAUCGGGGACACCACCCUGUAG